AUGGCCGCUCUAGCCGAGCUCAACCGCCCGCCACCCUUCCACCGCCCCCCGCCGCCGGGCUCCAAGCGCUCCGCCUUCGCCUCGGCUCCUCCUCCGCCCGACGACAACGACGACGACGACUGGGCCGCACUCGAAGCCGCCGCCGAGGCCGACGCUGCAGAGCGCGCAGCCCAUCUGCUGGACGACGAGGGCGAGGACGUCGACAUGGACGUCCUGCGCGAAAUCGAGGCCCAGGAGCGCGAGGCCAGCCGCGACGCGGGCGCCAUCUCGCUCGCCAAGGGCGCUACCGGCGUCCGGUCGUCCUCCACCACCACGUCAACCGCACCUGUCGGCGACCGCAAGGGCAAGAGCCGCAUGCUCCUCGAGGAGGACGAAGACUUCGGCGCGUUUGGCGAGGACGGCGGCGUGGGCGACGACUUCUCGAGCCGACCACAAGCACCCCGGCCAGCAGCGCUCGCCAACGCCGCCACGCACCUGCACGACUACACCUCGCGGUUCGGCUCCGUCUCGGCCCUCAACCUGUCGACCGUCCCGCCGGGCUACAUCGAGGCGGCACCCGUCCAGGCGACGACGCUCGACGGCAAGAAGAUCGUGUUCAAGCGGCGCAAGAAGCUCGAGAGCUGGCAGGCGACGGGCGCGACCCAGAAGCAGGAGUCGGCGGCCCUCGAGCAGCUCGCGGCCAGCAUGCUCGCCGAGCCCUACGUCGACAUCCUGCGCAGCAUCGAGCAGGAUGCCGUCAUCGCCAAGAAGCAGCAGCAAGCCGACGCGGCCAACCCGAUCAUCAACACUCGUGCAGCAGCAGUCGUCGAGACCGAGCUGUGGACCGAUCGGUACCGGCCCAAGCGUUUCGUCGACUUGCUCGGUGACGAGCGCGUCCACCGCACCGCCCUGCUCUGGCUCAAGGAGUGGGACCUGUGCGUCUUCAAGGGCACGAGCAAGGCGAACGCCGCCGCCGAGCUCAAGCGCGACCGGCGCAACAAGCGCGCGAGGGAGGGCGAGAAGGGCGGGUUCGGCGGCGGUGCUGGGGCAGCCGGCGGCGGCGGCGAGGGGUUCGAGGAGGCCGCACCCGAUCCUUAUGGUCGUCCUCAAGAGAAGGUCCUCCUCCUCUCGGGCCCUCCAGAUAUAAGGCUUUUAAAGCUUUUAAGGUUUCACCGCCAAGCUGGGUACCAGGUCCUCGAGAUUAACGCGUCGGACGAGCGCACGGGCGGCAUCGUCGAGCACCGCAUCCGCAACGCGCUCGACUCGCAGGCGCUCACUGUGGGCGUGCCCGAGGGCAAGGGCAAGGGGCGCGAGAGGGAGAGGGAGGAUGGCAGGACGAGGCCGACGUGCGUCAUCAUCGACGAGGUCGACGGCGCGGCGGCGGGAGGAGACUCGAGCUUCGUCAAGAUGCUCGUCAAGCUCGUCACCGAUGGCAGCUCUCUCAAGCGCUCGAAGAAGGGCAAGAGCAAGCAUCAGCGCCCGCUGCUUCGACCGAUCAUCUGCAUCUGCAACGACCUCUACGCGCCGACUUUGCGUCCUCUGCGGCCUCUCGCCAAGAUCUUCCGCUUCUCGCCGCCGACAACGGCCAUGCUCACCAAGCGCCUGCGCACUAUCUGCGACUCGGAGGAGCUCUCGACCGAGAGCAAGCACCUAUCGUUACUCGUCGACACGGCCGAGGGCGACUUGCGCAGCUGCCUCAACACUCUGCAGUUCAUCAAGCGCAACGGCUCGGUCGUCGACGAGGCCGCCAUCCGCAACUCGUCGCUCGGCAAGAAGGACACGGGCACGUCGGCGAGCCAGGUCCUCGACCGGCUCUUCAAGAAGCCGCAGCGCAAGCGUGGACUGCAGGCCGGCUCCGGCAUCGGCUCGGACGAGCGCUACAUGACGCGCAUCGUCACCGACGUCCAGACGAGCGGCGAGUACGAGAAGAUCGCCCAGGGCUGCUUCGAGAACUACCUGUCGGCGACUGGCGUCAACAACGAGGCGUUCCCGCGCAUCAGCGACGCGCUCGACUGGAUCCACCUGUACGACCGCAUCGACAGCCGGCUGCGCGCCGAGCGCGAGUACGAGCUGCUCGCCUACGUGCCCUUCUCGUUCGUCGCGUGGUACCCGCUGUUCAGCAGCCAGACGCCCAAGCACGUCGAGCUGCCCAAGACCGACUACGAGAUGUACCUGCAACGUACUGCGCACCAGGAGGUCGCCGAGGCGUUCACGCAGAACAUGCCGCACCACCUCAAGACGCUCUUCACGGGGACCAACGUCGUCGCCGAGCUCCUUCCGCUCCUCAAUCGCAUCGUCGCGCCCGACCUCAAGCCUGUCAACAGCCAGGUCGUCAAGAACGACGAGCGCGCCCGCCUGUUGCGCCUCGUCAACACGAUGAUCACGACCAAGCUCGCGUUCGUCAUGGACAAGAGCGAGGACGGCCAGCUCUCGUUCAAGCUCGACCCGCCCAUCGACGUGUUUGUGCACUACGAGGGCAAGCGGCCGACCGACAUCGCGCCUGGCCGUUUCGCCGUGCGCCAAAUGAUCAACCGCGAGAUCGACCAGGAGCUCCUGCGUCGCGGCGACGGCAGCAAGGCGGGCACCAAGAGCGCGACCGAGAUCCUCGACGCCUACAAAGCGGAUCCCGCAAAGGCUGCUGUGGCGCCUGGGUCGACCAAGCAGGCCGUCGACUUCUUCGGGCGCGCCAUCCUCGCGAGCGCCGCCGUCUUCGAGAAUACCGUGCAUGCCGACGGUACCUCUCUCGCCCCGCCGCAGCCCAAGCGCGUCCGCCAAGCCCACUACCGCUUCCACGAGGGCUUCUCGAAUGCCGUCCGUGUCACGAAGCGCCUGUCCGAUUUUCUUGCCUAG